AUGGAUGAGGGCAGGGCCAUAAACCUCUCCCUAUCAGCACUUGGAGAUGUCAUUGCUGCACUUAGGAGAAAGAGGAGUCAUGUUCCUUACAGAAACAGCAAGCUUACCCAGAUUCUCAGUGACUCGCUUGGUGACGGUUCGAAAGUUCUAAUGGUGGUGCACAUCAGCCUUUCUGAGGACGAUGUUGGUGAGACGGUCUGUUCCCUGAACUUUGCGAAACGAGCCAGAUCAAUCGAAUCAAAUAGAGAAAUUCCAGAAGAUCUGAAAAUGUUGAAGCAGAAGCGGCUCACAGAGCUUGACAAGGAAAUAUGCAAUGCUGAGGAAGAGUUAAAGUAUCUCAAUGAACAAAUAAGGAGAGCAGAGAUCUCACUUGAAGAGAAGAAGAAGCUCACUUCAUCUGUUUGUCAGGCUCUUAGUGAUGAGAAGGGAUCACCAAGAAGCACUCUAGUGGUAGGCCACAUUGAUGUCACAGAGAGCCCACACGCAACAGAGAAGGCAAAGAGCAGGCUAUCUCAUGGUUCAGCUCCUCACUUCAUGUCUUCAACAGUGUGCAGCCGGCAAAGACAUAGUGCGGGAAGCCAUUUUGUUAGUAAGCCGAGGCUGACAAAGUCAGUAAACAGAUAUCCAGCUGAGCUGAACGGGAGCCAGUCAUUCAGCUAUUCAAGCUGCAAGAAUGCAGCCAAGGCUAGGUCAGUGGCAUUCUCAUCCAGUGUGCCCAAGAUGAAGUGCUUGCCAGCCAUGUCUGAUCAGAUCAACAUGAGUAACAACAGCAUCGACUCGACAGCUGCAUCAGCACCACGUCAGAGGGAAAGCUUUGGCUCCAGGCCGGUUCAAAGAGCACCCCUACAUCAGCACAGGAGAAGGAUGUCUAGCCUAACAUAG